AUGAAUAAUGAUGAUGAACAAGAAGUACCUGGCAAUGAUGAAGAUAACAUUGAUGAACCACCAAUUGAUCUUGAUAAUAAUUUAUGGUGUCGUUUAACAAUGGUAUUUCCUCCUACUCAACCUGAUCGUUUAAAAAAUAAUAUAUUAACAUAUAUAAAUAGAUUGAUUGAAACAUUUGAUGAAAAUGUUUAUAUGAAAAUUCAUCUUCAAUAUGAAUUUUGUCGAAUUUGUGCAUUAGAUGAUUAUCUUAGACAAAUUUUAUCACCAAAUUUUACUCAAUAA